AAUUUAUGUCAUUUUCCAUCACUCAUCUUUUAUCCUAAAGUCCUUCAAUUGAUACCACAUAGAAUCUUCAAUCUUUAUUGAAUCUUUUUUUUUCUUCUAAAUCAUGUUGUCCAAAUCUCUAAUGUUCAAUCUUCAUCCCCACCAUGUAAUUUUCACAAAACCAAAACACAUACUUUCCCUUACAACAUCUUCAAAAAUACCAACUAAUAGUAGUACUAAAAUUCUCAUAUCACAAAAAAAACUUGUACACACUUUUUUCAACAAAAAAUGUAACAAAAACAUUAUUUCUCCUAUGGCAUCAUCAUCAAUUAAUCAAUUUGAUGAUGAAUUUCACCCUGACCCUACCCUUACAAAUGAUGAUCUCAAGCCUACGUCGAUCGAUCAACGUAACUUUUCAGGUUGGGAAAUGUCUAGUCUAUGGAUUGGACUAGUUGUUGGUGUGCCCUCAUAUUACCUAGCUGGUAGCCUAGUUGAUCUUGGCAUGUCAUGGUGGCAAGGUAUUGCAAUUGUUGUAUUAGCUAAUUUAAUAACUUUACUACCACUUGUAUUAAUAGGUCAACCAGGCACAAAAUUUGGCAUAUCAUUUCCUGUUUUAGCUAGAUCAUCAUUUGGCAUUAGAGGUGCACAUAUUCCUACACUACUUAGAGCUUUAGUUGGUUGUGGUUGGUAUGGUAUUGAAACAUGGAUUGGUGGUGAAGCAAUUUUCUUGUUGUUACCAAAAGUUGUUAAGGAUUCACAUUUGUCACAAUCAAUAUCUUGGCUUGGCACAUCACCUGUUGAAUUUGGUUGUUUUGUAACAUUUUGGAUUGCACAAUUGGCUAUUGUGUGGAAAGGGAUAGAUGGUAUUAGAGAAUUGGAAAAAUACUCUGCUCCAAUACUUGUAUCACUCACUUCUUGUUUGCUUGUUUGGGCUUAUGUCAAGGCUGGUGGAUUUGGUCAUAUGUUAGGUUUAUCAUCAAGAAUUACAAAAUCCCAGUUUUGGUCACUGUUUUUCCCAUCGGUUACUGCAAACAUCGGAUUCUGGGCUACGUUGGCACUCAACAUACCUGACUUUACCAGAUACGCCAAGACUCAAAAUGAUCAAAUCAUAGGUCAAGCAGGGCUACCAGUGUUUAUGGGGUUGUUUACUUUUGUUGGUGUAGCUGUUACCUCAUCGACGAAAGUAAUUUUUGGUCAUGUGAUUUCGAACCCCAUAACACUUUUAGGUGAAAUCGGUGGAUCGUUGACAAUGGUGUUAGCUAUUCUUGGCAUUAGCUUAGCUACAAUCACAACAAACAUUGCAGCAAAUGUUGUGGCGCCGGCUAAUGCAUUAGUAAACCUUAGUCCUUCAAGAUUCAGUUUUAGAAGGGGUGCAAUUUUAACAGCAUUGCUAGGGGUUGUUUGUCAGCCUUGGAGAUUGUUGAAAUCAAGUGAGAGUUUUGUGUACACAUGGUUAGUUGGAUAUUCUGCAUUGUUGGGGCCAAUUAUGGGGAUAAUUUUGGUUGAUUAUUACUUGAUUCAGAAGAUGAAUUUGAGUAUUAAAGAUUUGUAUACAUUGAGUUCAAAGGGUGCAUAUUAUUACUCAAGUGGAUAUAAUUUAUCUGCAAUUUUGGCUUUGGUUAUUGGGAUUUUGCCAGUAAUUCCAGGCUUUUUGCAAAAUGUUGGGAUUUUGGAUUCAAUUCCAAAAUCAUUUUCCAUCAUUUACAAUAAUGCUUGGUUUUUUACCUUGUUUUUAGCAGGGGGACUUUAUUGGAUUCUUUCAAUUUUAAAGAAAAAUCAAAAGGAAAUAGAUCCUUUGUUGCCUAAUAAUACAUCUUAGGUUAGUUUUAGUCUCUGUUUUAUACAUUUGUCACUUACUUUUCUUAUUGUAUUUGUCAAAUAUUGAAAUAAAAGAAAUACGUUUAGUAUUUGUUAUCGUUUUACAGC